GUCCUAUGCAACAAUACAAACAGCUAAUUGACAUUGAUUAACGACAAUUCAAACAAAGCCGUCGUACAAAUCGAGGAUGAAAACUGAUAUAUAAAUCUCAUUUCAUCACUCGUUCUUCCAGUCGAUCGAUCGCACCAUGUCGACGCUCACAGCCCAUUCCUAUUCUCUCAGAUCCGUGUCUUCAAGUUCUGAAGAAAACUGUGAAGAUUUUGAUACAGUCAACCCCGGGUUCGAAUCCCCGGCCGACCCAGUUCAAACAGGGGGUGGAUUCGAAGCGAGGAUCAAAAGAAGAAAGAAAUUUGUGGGAGUGAGGCAGAGGCCUUCUGGAAGAUGGGUCGCUGAGAUCAAAGACACGACCCACAAGAUCAGAAUGUGGCUGGGCACUUUUGAGACUGCAGAAGAAGCCGCAAGGGCAUAUGAUGAGGCUGCAUGUCUGCUCAGGGGAUCGAAUACCAGAACCAAUUUUGCAGCCAAUGUUCCUAAAUCUAAUUCUGCUCUGGCUUCCAGAGUAAGAAGAUUACUUAGCUUGAGGAAGGAUUCUGGUUCUUCCAAGCCCAAAAUCAAUGGCGAUGAGAACCAGUCGCUUUCGGAUUCCAGUGGCUCUGUUUCUCCGUCAAGUGAUGAAGAAAUCCAUGGCCAAGCUGAGGACUUGAAACCCAAUUUGAUGUCUGAACUUUGCUCUGUUAAUAGUAAUACCCCUGUUGAGAGUUUGGAUCAAAGUGGGAGCUUUGAUGAAGAGAAUUUUUUGGAAGGGGGAAAUGGGUCGACGAGUUUCAUGGAAUUCCUGUGGCCCAAUUGCGAUUUGGGUUCCUGUGAUGUGACUAAUGAGAUUUUUUUCCCCGCCAUGGAAGAGAAUCUUCUGUGUCGAAGUCAGAGAUGCGUUGAUGAAGGAGAAUCGGGAAUUUCUGAGCAGUCGGUUGAGUUUGAUCGAUUGAAGAUUGAGAGGCGAAUUUCUGCUGGUUUGUAUGCUUAUAAUGGGAUUCAGGACUACUUUUUGCAGAAAUCUGGGUUUGAUUCCUUCAGUUAUCUGUCCAAUUAUGGGGCCUGGAAUAGAAAAGGUAGUUCUGGUUCAUUGGGUAGUGAGAGUUUGAGUAAUCAAGGAGCCCCUGAUGCUCUCUGGGAUCUUCCUCCUCUUUGCAGGACAUGAUGGGAUCACCCACCAUGAAAAAAAAAAAGAGCUGGUAUGUUGUGAUCAAUGUGUCAAUCUUAUGUGAGUUCUGAUUAUUCACUCAUCAUGAAAAAGGUUGGUAUGUUGUGAUCAAUAUGUCGAUAUUUAUGUGAGUUCUGAUUAUUGUAUCAGUUAUUUACACUAGAGUAAAUAGUUACGUGAGGACUAUUUAGAUCCUUCACUGUCUCAUAAACUAUCUUUGACCUCGUAGACAUUACAAACUGUCUAAACCUUCUAUUCCUUUCCUGAUGAGACAGAUAUAAAUGUUUUGUGGCUAACAUUCUGGUCAUUCUGCUGAAGAAUCCUUGUUGGCUUCUCGUAAUGCACCAGAACUUUAGCCACCAGAUCAGAUCAUUUUAUAAAUGAAUUUUUGUUGGUA